AUGAAACGGGUACGAAUUACAAUUAUUGGAGCAGGGAUCUCUGGGAUCUUGAUAGCAUUCAAAUUACAAAAACAUCUGGAUCAAUAUGUUGAUAUCUGCAUCGUCGAGAAAAAUCCUAAUCUAGGAGGGACCUGGUAUGAGAACCGCUAUCCAGGAUGUGCGUGUGAUGUUCCGAGCCAUGUUUAUCAGUAUUCAUUUGCUCCGAACCCGGAAUGGUCUCAGUUCUACGCAACUUCCCAGGAGAUUCAGCGAUACCUCAAAGGAGUGGCUAAGAAUUUCGGUCUUGAGCGUUUUAUCAAAUACAACAGCAAGGUAAUAGGCGCACAGUGGCAGGAGGAAAGGGCGGUAUGGAGAGUUGAAAUUGAAGAUGGAAGAAUUAUUGAAAGCGAGAUUCUAAUCAAUGCUGGAGGUAUCUUGAAUAACCCCCAGACGCCGGACAUCAAAGGUCUGGCAUCUUUUGCCGGUCCAAUGCUUCAUACAGCCACCUGGGAUAAUUCCGUCGAUCUCCAUGAUCGUAGGGUUGCAGUCAUUGGAGCUGGAGCAAGCGCUAUUCAGCUUCUACCACAGAUUCAAUCUAAGUGCAGCCAUAUCGACAUUUAUAUCCGGACUCCCUCUUGGAUCUCACCACCCGUUGGAAUGCCAAACCCAGAUACUAAGAACUAUGCAUACUCGGAGGAGGACAAGGACUUGUAUAGAAAAAGCGGGAUUUCAUAUCUUCGCACUCGCAAAGAGCUCGAAAAUCACUUCAAUGGACUAUUCAAGGCUUUUGCAAAAUCUACACCCGAACAACGAGACCUCCGUAAUCGAAUUACAAAAAAGCUUAUUCCGUCUUUUGAAGCUGGGUGCCGACGGAUUAAUCCCGGCGAAGAAUAUCUGAUCACCUUGCAGAAGUCGAAUGUUACUCCUAUAUUUGAGAAAAUCGAGGAAAUCACGACCGACGGAAUUGUUACUUCUGACAGUCGUAAACACCCCAUGGAUAUAUUGAUUAUGGCUACAGGAUUCAAUACCACCUUUAGACCACGUUUCCCUAUACUUGGUCGCAGGGGUAUCAAUCUCCAAGAGCUCUGGGAGACCACUCCAGUGUCGUACAUGGGGACCGGGGUAUCCGGCUUCCCAAAUUACUUCAUGUUUCUUGGACCAAAUACUCCGAUUUCUAAUGGAAGUUUGAUGGGUCCUUUAGAAGCCACAGGCGACUAUUUCGUCCGACUGCUCCGAAAGGUUAUUAGACAAAAUGUCAAGACAUUUGAUGUUAGACCAGAUGUUCAGGCUGAUUUUGAUCAACAUACUCAACAAUACAUGCAAAAUAUGGUGUGGACUGGAAGCUGCCGUAGUUGGUUUAAGAACCAUAAGACUGGCAGAAUUAACGCACUAUGGCCCGGUAGCUCUCUGCACUACAUGCAGAUCUUGGCAGAAAAUAGAUGGGAAGACUAUUCGUGGGGAUAUCAUCACAACCGGUUUGCACACUGGGAGGGAGGUCGUUCCUGGGUUGAAGAUCCGCUAGCUGAUCCUUUGGGACGAGAAGAGAGGAUAUCUAAUUAUGCUACAACUGUUCCAGGGAAGGAUUCAGACUUGAGCUUCUACCUCUGGGAAAGCGAGCCUUUGCCUGCAGCAUCCCUUGUAGAUGAUGGCUACUCUACGAGUGUGCUCGAUGAGGUUAAAGAGGGACAACGCCUCAAUGAAUGGCUUCAAACUUCAGUUUCUGCUAGUAUAACGGUACCUGUUUAG